GGGAACUCUGGAAUAAGAAUCAUCAAGUAGUAAGUCGAUUUAUUUUAGAAAACUUUUUAAAUAUAACUCUGUACAAUUGUAGUAAACCUUGUGUGUUGUUGCGAAAAAUAAAUUUGAAAUUCCAUAAUGCGCACUCGAAGUGGGGAAAGUAGAGCAGGAAAGGGUGGCCGAGGAGCUCGAAGUGUGACCACGAGAAAGACAAGCGAUGCAAGGGUCGCGAAGGUGCAGGCAGGGACAAGUUCGGGUUCUGGCAGCCAGAAAAGGGCUGCCAGGAAAUAUAGGUCGGUCGGUAGUCGUGGAGUUGGAAAUGUUCGCGGCCACGGUUUAGAGAACAGAGGCGAUGUGAAUAUAGAUUCUGAGAAAGAAGCCGAGAGAAAUUCUUUUGAGGAUUUUCAGCUUGAAGGGGAGGACAACGAAGAAAGAAUGGAAAUAAGAGUAGGGCCAGAGGUCUUAACAGAUAGACCA